AUGGAGGUAACUGGAACUUUCGGCAUACUUAGCCAUUACUCUGUUCAGAUUAGCACACUCUGUACUUACUUAAGCAUCGGAGCGCCUUCAGCCGAUACCGCACUGCCUUACCGAGCACUUUCAUUUAUGUGCAGAUCAGCCGCUCUACCGAGGCCUAGGACAUCCCGAAGGCCAAUACAUCACUAA